AUGUUUCAAGGACUACAAAAUUUUUGCUUCGUUACCAAGAAGUAUGACGUCAUUUGGUGCCAAUGGGUUUUGGGUCAUUUAAAGCAUGAUGAUUUGAUAGAAUUUCUAAAAAAAUGUUCAACUGGCUUGAAAUCUAAUGGUGUAAUAGUAAUUAAGGAGAAUGUAACAAGUUCUGAGAAUUUGGAGAUCGAUACACAGGAUUCAUCAGUAACACGACCUCUUUCUGAAUUUUAUCGUAUAUUUCAGGAAUCCAAUUUGAUUUGCAUAAAGGAGCAGCAACAGCAUAAAUUUCCACGUGGGUUGUAUCCAGUUUAUAUGUUUGCUUUAAGAUUCAUUGAUGACAAACUUUAA